UCAUAGCCUCACUGUUGAGUCAUGGGCAUGACAUCACUCACAACCUCUGCACACCUGAUGAACAGGGCUACUCUGCUCUUCAUCAUGCGGUUUUGUACAAGGAUCUUGCAAUGUUGAAGAAACUUCUAAUGUAUGCAGAUCAAAGGUGCAUUAACUUGGAGAGUCAUGAUCGAUCCACUGCUCUGCUGCUUCUCUGCAGAAACUGCUCAGCCUCAGACCUGGAGGAAGAAAUAUUGGCAAGCCUUCUAGAUGCUGGAGCAAAUCCCAACCUGCCUGAAAAUGAUCCAUUUUCUCUGCCCCUAUUGUGCGCCUUGGAGAGACGCUGGUGGCGAGGAGCUGAGCUAAUGCUGGACGCAGGGGCGGACGCCACAGCCAUGGAUUCUGAGCACUUUGAUCUUCCAGCCACAUACUUUGCUCGGGAUAAUGUCGAAAUGCUGAGGAACCUAUUGAGUAGAGGAUGUGACUGCCCUGACCUCAAUCAUUGGAUAACUAACAGAAAUCUAACAGAUGCCCAGUUGAAGACCAUAUUGCAGCCGUACAUAUUGUCUCACUCAGAAAUUCUUGGGCUGGAAGAUGUGCUGCUUGGUGCUGUCUCGGUAUCGUACCACGAGAGCGCUUUGUACAUUCUGGAGCAUUACGCGUUUGACACGAUGUAUCAAUUACAGCACAUUAUCGAAUAUAUCUUUAGACUUAACAAUGGAAUCAACUGGGCAGACAAGAAAAAUUAUGUAACUGCCAUGACGAAGAACAUCUUCAUGAGUGAAUUGGACAAGAAAGAACUGAUGAUAAUAAAACUUUUCCUGAAAUGCGCCAAAUCCUGCCCGAAAAAUGAAGACGGAGAAGAGUGUGGCGGUUUGUGCGACGUCAAUGUCGAACAAAUCUGGAUCAAUCUAGAACAUAUUAUUAGACUAGCCGAGCACAAUGGACUACAAAUCGAAAAUUGGAGCCUAAGCGAGGAACUGUUUGAAAUGACCCUUCGCAAUACAACACUGCCUAUAAUACAAUGUAUGGGCCUGAAAAUAGAUCUAAACGUCCUCAACCUUGCGCUGUACGAGACGACUUUAUGUUCAGUUCCCCUAGUCUUGAAGCUCCUGCUACUGAUGAAACAGAAAGGUUUCCGGCUGACAGUGUCUUCUGCGGUUGCAUUCAUAUCUAGUCCAUGCCUUCGAAAAAUUUGCCGAAGUCUUCAAAAAACUGAUAUCAAUAUCCAAGCUAUUGUGCACUUGCCGGAGUCACCGUAUCGAAUUUUGUUAUCAGAGCUGACCAGGAACUGCUGUGAAGAGGGGCAGUGCUGGUUCAGGUCGCCCAGGAUUACGGAUUUGUGUAGGCUUGCCAUUAAAGAAGGAUGUAGUUUCCUUGUGUUUAUGCUGCUCCAUCUCGGCGUGCACGAAUUAUUCCUGCACCCGGUCGAGACAGAAAUUAUAAGGGCGGGGGCUGAAAGUAGGCGGCUCGUGUUCUCCAUUCUUCACCGUUAUGCUCCGAGGUGGAAGCUUCGGACUCCUACUCCUUCUGGGUCUCCUUGUGACGACGAAAUGAGGCCGCUGAAAUAUCUCUAUCGCCCAGAAAACAUAGUGGCACGAUUAAAUCUAAUGGCGCCGCUGCGGUCGCUGAAGGAGCUGUGCCGCCUCUCCAUCCGCGCCUCCCUCGGCCACUGCAGGAUUGAAGAGAAGACGGAAGGCUUGCGAGACGUGUUACCAGCUCUUCUAAGGGAAUACCUUUACUUCUGCCACGACUUCCUCAUCUUACCGAAGAUUCCUCAACUUCCCGAGGAAGAUGAGGAAGAAAAGUAACCUGGGACCGUUGAUACGGUGACUGUUGCCUGGGACCGUUGAUACGGUGACUCGUCAUACCUGGGAUCGUUGAAACGAUGACUCGUCUUGCUUGGGACCGUUGAUACGGUGCAUUUCAAGUGGUGAUGAUUCACUGAUGGAGCGUUGAACCCAAAAUUCAUCACUAAACGUAUCAAGAUUGUAAUUUAACUCCAAAUUGAACAUUCAGGUGAAUGGAAUGUCUAUCUUCAGCAAUACCCCAAAGAGACGAUAAAGAUAACAUUCCCAAAUCACAAGAGUAUUUUGUUUGGUAUUUUUAAUGGAAAAUUUUCGAUUUUAGUUACUUCAACUAUGCAAAUUUUUCAUUAACACUUCGGAAGAUGUUUUGUACGGCUACGUCCACGGCUACGCUGAUGCGAAUACGUCGUCAACUGCCUGAGGCACGUCUUAAUUGCUCCUGAGGCUCAGGAGCAAUAGAACUAACGCUCAUCUGUCCUCAGUUGGAGGAGCUGAUGCGAGAUUAUUUUGAUGACAAUAGUGGGACAGGGGCGGACGUCCAGGGAUUGUGCUCAAACACAUGUUAAGGAUUCCUUGUCAGAAUGAUGUGUGAUUUAGACUUGUUCUUGUGGAGGUAUUGACGCCAAGGUAUUUCUUUUUCAGGAUUGUGUUAAGGCUUCCAUUUCAUAUAUUUUUUCACGUUCUUCUUGCCUUGUGAUUUGACAUGAACAGCGCAAUAAAUUUAUUAUCUGUGGGUGCUUAUGCAUCUUUUUCCUGUCCAAGUUUAAAGUUUUUUAUCUCUGCAAAUCGGGCAGCUGUCGUUCAAUAAUAAAUGUCACAAUGUUGAUGGUAUUUUUGUCGCCAUUAAUUAUAUAGAUAGAUAAGAAUAACAUCUACGACGGAUACUGUAUUCCUAGACAGAGUGUGAUAUUUCAUGCUAUACGUUUAACUACAAGCUCUGUAAAUCCA